UGGUGAUAGUGGUGGUGGUAGUGGUGGUGGUGAUAGUAGUGGUGGUGAUAGUAGUGGUGGUGAUAGUGGUGGUGGUUUUCGCGUGGUAGUGGUGGUGAUAGUGGUGGUGGUGUUCGCGUGGUAGUGGUGGUAAUAGUGGUGGUGGUAGUAGAGACGGUGGUGGUGGUGUUCGCGUGGUAGAGACGGCAGCGAGAGAUGGCUUCGUCCCACGCCUCCACCCGCAUCUCGUUCGGGCGAGACGCGGCGAGCGCGCCCGAGAUCGCCAGCACCAUGGACUCCGCGUCCAGGCAGGGCUUCGACUUUGUGUGCGUGCCGCUCGUCCACCCGCGGCAAAAGCGCGAGGCGCUGGUGGAGCCCGGCAAGUCCCGGGCCGGCCCGCUCACCCGCUCCGACCUGCUGCUCGCCAACCAAGACUGGGGCAGCCUGGUGGUGGGGAAGCUGUCACCGUGGCUGCAACCGGAUUCCGAAGUGGAGUACGUGCGGAAGAAUUCGGAGGCUGCCUUGAUCCAGGAGCUGAACUUCACGGCCUACUUGAGUCUUCCAGCGGUGGUCAUCCCGCUGACUCAGGCCGACAACAGCAACCUGGCACACAUCCUCAUCAACCACAUCCAGAAAGGCCACCACAGCCAAGCGUUCUGGAUCCGCGUCCCCCUGGUCUCCGCGGCUGACGAGGUUGACGAAGUGGUGGACGAUGACGACGGCAGCGACGGCAGUGGCGGCGCCGGCGGCAAGGCCGGAGAGCUCAAAGGCCCCACCGAACCCCAGGACACCUGGGCCUGGUGGAACAGCUUCCGGUCUCUCUGCGACUACAACAAGCGCAUCUCUCUGGCCCUGGAGCUGUCGGCCGACCUGCCGAGCGAGGAGGUGAUCCAGAAGUGGCUGGGCGAGCCGAUCAAGGCGGUGGUGCUGCACACGAGCACCUUCCUUACCAACAAGAAGGGCUUCCCGGUGCUGGCGCAGGCGCACCAGCUGCUCGUCUUCCGCCUCUUCAAGCUGGACGUUCAGUUCAUCAUCUCGGGCAUGAGCUGCCACUCGGACAAGGAGCUGCGCGCCUACAUCCAGUACCUGCAGCACCUGUCCCAGCACCGCCCUCCGCCGUCAAACUACGACAUCUUCUCCAAGGGUUAUGAGGACUACCUGCAGUGUCCCCUCCAGCCGCUCAUGGACAACCUGGAGUCUCAGACGUACGAAGUGUUUGAGAAGGAUCCGAUCAAGUAUUCCCAAUAUCAGCGGGCUGUGUACAUGGCGCUCUUGGACAAGGUACCGGAAGAGGAGAAGGACUCGCGAGUGCUGGUGCUGAUGGUGCUGGGCGCGGGCCGAGGUCCCCUGGUCAAUUCCUCGCUGCGCGCGGCGAAGGCCGCGGGCAGGAAGAUCCGCGUCUACGCCGUGGAGAAGAACCCCAACGCCGUCGUCACGCUGGAGAACUGGAAGGCGGAGGAGUGGGGAGACAGCGUGACCGUGGUGUCGUGCGACAUGCGCGAGUGGCUGGCGCCCGAGAAGGCCGACAUCAUCGUGAGCGAGCUGCUGGGCUCCUUCGGCGACAACGAACUCUCCCCCGAGUGCCUGGACGGGGCGCAGCGCUUCCUCUCGGAGGACGGCAUCAGCAUCCCGCGUGAGUACACCUCCUACAUCUCCCCCAUCUCCUCGUCCAAGCUCUACAAUGAGGUGCGCGCCUGCCGCGAAAAGGACAAAGAUCCAGAGGCCCACUUUGAGAUGCCCUACGUGGUGCGCCUUCACAACUACCACGAGCUGGCCAAGCCACAGCCCUGCUUCACGUUCGUGCAUCCCAACACAGAGCCCGGGAUGGACAACAGCCGGUAUAAAGCCCUGGAGUUCCCCAUCAGCACAGACACGGUGCUGCACGGCUUCGCAGGAUACUUUGAGACGGUGCUGUACAAGGAUGUGACGCUAAGCAUUCAUCCCGAGACCCACUCUCCCGGCAUGUUCUCCUGGUUUCCCAUUCUCUUCCCCAUCAAGCACCCCAUGCCGGUGCGGAGCGGCGACACGGUGUGCCUCCGCUUCUGGCGCUGCUGCAACCAGCAGAAGGUGUGGUACGAGUGGGCCAUCACGUCCCCGAUGACGUCCGUCCUGCACAACCCCGCGGGACGCUCCUCCACCAUCGGCCUGUGAACCGCGCGGAGAGAGGAGAGAGGCCGUUUCCUCGUCCUCCUCCGUCGUCGUCGCGCUCGUUUACCCAGGGAAGCCUCGCCGAGUCUCGCGUGCGACUCUUGGUCUUUCUUCUUUUUUCAGCAGGGUUUCUGCCAAGUUUUCGAAGUAGCGGGGUGGGGGGUGGGGGAGGGGGGGGAGCGACCGGCGUUUGCCACGCGUCGUCCACGUGAAGUCGU